CAGCCUUCUCAGAAUCAUCCCCUAGAGGGCAAACAGCUGGGCUUAAAAGCAGGACUUCUCUCGGGGUUUGUAAUGGAUGGAAGGAAGGUGCAUGGAAGGAAGCUAUAGCUGCUGCUUUUAAGGUCCGCUGUACAGCCCACACAGGAGUUACAUGAUGGAUGCGCUCUCUGAUGCAAUCAACACUUUUACUUUGAAUGUUUUUAAAGAAAUUACUGAAAAAGAUAGCUCGCAGAAUGUGUUUUACUCUCCCUUGAGUCUCUAUUGUGCCCUGACUAUGGUCUUAGAGGGGGCCAAGGGAAAUACUGCUGCACAGAUACAACAGGUUCUUUCUUUAAACAAAGGUACAGAUGUCCAUCAAAGUUUUCAGUUUUUUCUUGAAGAAGCUAAUAAAUCUGGUGAUCAAUGUCUGCUAAGAAUUGCCAACAGACUUUUUGGAGAAAAGACUCAUGAUUUUAUGUCAUCUUUUAAGGAAUCCUGUCAAACAUUCUACCUUUCAAAAAUGGAAGAACUUGACUUUGCUAAUGCAUCAGAGGAAACAAGAAAACAUAUAAAUAAGUGGGUAGAAGAAAAGACUGAAGGAAAAUGGCAAAAUCAAUUUGAAAAACAUGCAACAAAAGAACGAAUGUUCAAAAUCAACAAGGACAAGCAGAAACCAGUACAAAUGAUGUUUCAGAAAUCUACGUUUUCCAUGACCUACUUAAGAGAAGUGUCUACGAAGAUCCUAGUUCUACCCUAUGUUGGAGGACAAAUGGACAUGGUCAUUUUGCUUCCAGAUGAGAACACAGAUCUAAAAACGGUGAGAACAAUAAUUGAACAAUUGGGGGGGGAAAUGAUUCAGAGCUGUAAGCAUUACAUCUAAAUUUUAGUUUUAAUUAUUAAGUCCUUUAAAAUGAAUCUUUUUGUCCCAUAUGUCUAGAUCACCAGAAGGUUACACUGAUUUCUUUGUCUGUGUUGUAUCAUAAAGAGAGUAUGGUAGCAGCUUUGAGGAAAAAGAAUGGUAUUCAGUUAUAGGGUUUAACAGUGGAAGGUUAUAGCAGCAGGAACCAUCUAAAGCUAGAGGUAACCAGAGAACCUUUUUUUAAUAUUUCAGGGACUGGAAUUACUACAGGAAAAGAGGAGUUUAGGUGUUUUUUGUUUUGUUUUGUUUUUUCCCAGAUCCUUCUAGGGCACAGUGGGCAAGCACAAUAGAAUGGAACCAGUUAAGCUAGAGAUAUGAUUGGAAAUCACUGUGACAGCAAGCACAGAACAGCUUGCCUUUCUUUGAUUGCUUCAUUGGAGGAGAACUCCUAUGUUAGUAACCCAGAGAGAUUCAUGACUGAUUCUCAAUCUGGUCAAAAUGAGCUUUUCUCAUGACUAGGAUCUAUCCCAGUUUUGUAAAUCCAUAGUAAAAGUAAAGCCCAGCAUUAAGUCAUGUUGAUUGCAGAUUUGCCAACUGAAAAGUCAGUAUUUUGCCUACCCAGGAGAUCUCUGAGUCAGUUUCCUCACCUGUAAAAUGGGGGUAAUCUUUGCCUGAAAUAAUUCAGUGAGUGGGUGGUUCUGAAAGGGUGAAGAGUAAAAUGAGAUUAUGUGUGAAAGUGCUUUGAAGGCUACAAAGUGCUAGAGAAGUUUAAGAUUAGAAGUGAAUAAUGAAAGGGAGAGGAGGAAGUGGGAUUUCUGAGCUAAACUAAGAUGGUGUGGAGUCAUUUAAGUGAGUAGGUUGUGGGGUGGGGAUGGCAGAGGAAAGAAAGGCUAUAUUUGCAAUCCAUUCUUCAAAUGAUAAGAACAAAGGAUAUGAACAGACAAUUUUCAGAUGAAGAAAUGGAAACUAUUUCUAGCCAUA